CUCUGGCUUAGGUUUCAAGUGUAAGGAAGAUCCUAGAAUCUUUCCUGGACUGAUGAUGCAUUGUAUUGCCUCCUUAAUUAGUUAUGUACUUAUGUUGUAUGAAUCGUUGGUUCAAUGAGUUCUUAAGUAAAAUUUUACUUUGUUUCUAUGGAAGGUACUGUUCGUACUAGGCCAAAUGAGUCCAUCAACAAGAAGAUGAAAACUGGAGUCCUUGAGGUAGUUGCAGAGCAUGUUGAAAUAUUGAAUCCUAUGAGGUCAAAGCUUGGUGUCAGGACUAAUAAGAAGAAGAGAGUCGGUCCGGUUCCGGGAGUGCAAGUAGGAUGGUUGCAGAGCAUGUUGCCACAAAGUCCGCAGCUCUUCAAACAAAUGUUGAUGGUCUCUGGUUUUGACAACUAUUACCAGAUAGCAAGGUACAUAUACAAUCUUUGGCCAAGUCAAGUGUAUAAUCUCAAAUGGAUUUACUUUUAAUUAACAUGAAAAGGUAGGAAGAUUAACAUAGUUUGAGAGUUGUAGUUUACAGACCAAACCGAAUUUACUAUCAAUCAAUUUGACCAAAAUGUUACUUCAA